UCGGUGUGAUGCCGCAUGCGGUCUUGACGCUGGCGGUACGUCAGGAUCAGUCCGGUUUGGCUCGUGUCGAAUCUGCUGCGUCUCUCGGUUCUUCGCUGCGGCGGAGAAAUAAGAUGCGGAGCAGCGACGGAACCGGAGCCUUUGACCCUGAUCAGUCCAGAACCAGACCCAGAGCCAGGCUAGCUGAACCCUCCGGCCCGGCGCGGCUCUACUUGCGGACGGCAUGACCGCAGCGGCGGCGGCGGCGGUGGCGGAGAGAGAGCCAGAGUCCAGCCGCUGAGAGAGGCAGUUAGCCGGGCAGCUAACAGCGCGAUGACCGCAGAGGGAAGCGGCACGAUCCGCAGCCGCAUCAAGAACCUGCUGCGCUCCCCGUCCAUCAAACUGAGGAGGAGGAGCGGCGCCGCGCGGCACAAAGAAGACCUCGGCGACAAGGUGACCUUGGAGAAGGUUCUGGGUAUCACGGCUCCAGGGAACCGAGCGCUGGCCUGCGACUCUCGGACUGGACUGUUGGCGUAUCCUGCAGGGUGUGUUGUCGUCCUGCUGAAUCCUCGGAAGAACAAACAGCAUCACAUCUUCAACAGCUCCAGGAAGGCGAUCACCACAUUAGCGUUUUCUCCAGAUGGGAAAUAUGUGGUUACAGGAGAGAGCGGUCACAUGCCGGCAGUCCGGGUCUGGGAUGUGUCAGAGCGUCUUCAGGUCUCUGAGCUGCAGGAACAUAAAUAUGGCGUCUCUUGUGUGGCAUUUUCUCCAAACGGAAAAUACAUCGUCAGUGUUGGAUAUCAACACGACAUGAUGGUCAAUGUUUGGAACUGGAAGAAAAAUGUCGUCGUCGCUGCCAAUAAAGUUUCUAGUAAAGUGACGGCCGUCUCCUUCUCAGACGACAGCUCCUACUUUGUUACUGCCGGCAACCGCCACGUCAAGUUCUGGUACCUGGAUCACGCCAAGACCUCCAAGGUGAACGCCACCGUCCCUCUGCUGGGGCGUUCAGGGCUGUUGGGAGAACUCAGGAACAACUUCUUCAGUGACGUGGCAUGUGGGCGGGGCCGACAGGCAUCCUCCACCUUCUGCAUCACCUCCUCUGGUCUCCUGUGUGAGUUCAACGACCGACGCCUCCUCGACAAGUGGGUGGAGCUCCGGAGAGUCGACUCUGCCUCAACGUCUCAGGCCACCUGUCUGUCCGUCACAGAUGAGUUGAUCUUCUGUGGUUGUUCUGAUGGGACAGUUCGAGCUUUCAGCCCCCUCAACCUGCACUUCCUCUGCACUCUGCCCCGCCCACACUCCCUGGGAGCUGACAUCGCCAGUAUGGUGGACGCCAGUCAGCUGUUCUCCUGCAGGUCAGAGGCUCGAUACCCAGACACAGUGGCGGUGACCUACGACCCCACCAACCGCUGGCUGUCCUGCGUCUACAACGACCACAGUGUUUACGUCUGGGAUGUCAGAGACCUCAGAGACCCUCGUAGGCCGGGAAAACUGUACUCAGCCCUCUACCACUCGUCCUGUGUGUGGAGUCUGGAGGUGUACCCAGCAGGAGGAGGAGGAGGAGGAGGUGAGGUGCAUCUCCCCCCCGGCUCCUUCCUGUCCUGCUCCUCAGACAAUACGAUCCGACUGUGGAACAUUGAUGGACACAACGUUCUGAACAGGAACAUCCUGAGUCACGACCUGCAGAAGGUCAUUUACGUUGAUGAUAACAUAGCGACGCUCCUGGACACAGAGAGCGUCACCAUAGCCGGCGGCAACGCAGAGAAGGCGGGGUCAUCGGGCUCAGAGGGGCAGCAGACCGACCAGAGCAGGGCGGGCAUUAGGACACUGAGAGUCAGUCCUGAUGGACAACACCUGGCUUCUGGAGAUCGCAUGGGGGUCCUCAGGAUCCAUGAUCUGGACAGUAUGGAGGAGAUCCUGAACGUUCAGGCUCACGACUCAGAGAUCCUCUGCCUCGAGUUCUCCAAACCAGACACCGGUCUGCAGUUACUGGCCACAGCCAGUCGGGAUCGUCUGAUCCACGUCCUGGACGCAGGCAGAGAGUACAGUCUGGUCCAGACUCUGGAUGAACACUCAUCUUCCAUCACAGCCGUCAGGUUUGCCGCCAAUGAGGGGAAAGUGAGGAUGAUCAGCUGUGGAGCCGAUAAGAGUGUCUACUUCCGCACUGCUCAGCAGGUGGAGGGGGGGCUGGAGUUCACUCGGACUCAUCACGUGGUCAGGAAGACGACUCUGUACGACAUGGAUGUGGAACCGACCAGGAAGUACGCAGCAGUGGGCUGUCAAGACCGCAGCAUCAGGAUCUUUAACAUCAGUAACGGGAAACAGAAGAAGUUGUAUAAAGGUUCUCAGGGAGAGGACGGCACGCUCAUCAAGGUGCAGAUCGACCCAUCAGGUCUCUACAUCGCCACCUCCUGUUCAGACAAGAACAUCAGCAUCUUCGACUUCUACUCUGGAGAGUGUGUGGCCUCCAUGUUCGGACACUCAGAGAUCGUCACAGGUCUGAAGUUCAGCAGUGACUGCAGAUACCUGAUCACCGUCUCUGGAGACAGCUGUAUCUUCGUGUGGCGUCUCAGUCCAGAGUUGACCAUCAGGAUGAGGCAGAGACUCUCUGAUCUCCAACCUCCUGCCUCCACUCACAGCUCCCAGAAUGCACCUCAGCAGAGAGUGGUGACCCUCAGCAGGGAGGUGUCGUCUCCUCGCGUCGUCACCAUGUCAUCUGACAGCGACAAAGAGGAGGAGGAGGAAGAGGAGCUCAGCUGUCCUUAUAUGGUCACAGCAGGAAACCUGGAGGAGGAGAUAGAUGAAAAGAUGAACUCUGAUCUCUGCAGAGACGACGGGAAGGAAGUGUCGGGGGGUCGACUCCCCCGCCGCCGCUGGUCCAGGAGGACGGGCGGCGCUGAUGGUGUCCUGAUGGUGAAGUCCAUGUUGGACCUGAGACUGCUGGACUCGUACUGUCCUGACAGACAGGAGGAGCAGGGCGGGGGGCAGGAGGAGAUGAAGACCCACCCCCUUGAUGUUAGCCCCACCCCCUGCAAUAUGAGGGAGAGGAGUCAUGGUGUGGAGGCCGGGCUUCGCAGGACCAGUCAGGAGCUGGGGAGCACCAUCAGUCUGCAGGUCACCUCAGCAUGGGUGGAGGGCAACGAGGCGAGGACCAGUCAGAGGCCAGACUUCAUCCUCCUGUCCAAUCAGAGCCCAGACAGGGAGGAUCCAGUGCUGUAUCCUGACCAAUGGGAGGACAGAGUGAGCCUGGCAGGCAGUGAGUUCCAGGUGAAGGAGGCGGGUCCUGCCGCUGCAGGUGGACGACAGGACAAACCCAGUCCAGACAGCGGCUGCUCACUGGGAUUCAGCUCCAGACUGUCCAGUCCAGACAGACCUGCAGGAGACGACUCUGAGCCCACUGAGCCUCUCAGUGUGGACGGAAACUCGUCUGAGCUGGAGAUAGAGGAGGAGGAUGACGAGGACGGAGGAAGAGGUGCAGGUGCAGGUGGAGUGUCUAAGCAGGUUCCUCAGACUCCGGAUCAGGAAGCUUUCCUGAAGGAGCACUUUGUCACCCUGGCUGACCUCUCAGCCUCAGGAAGUCCAAGCAGAGCGUCUCACAGCUCCAGUGAGAGUCUCAGCAUCUCCUCCAGGUUUCUGUCCCAGAAUCCAGCUGGAAGUCGGGCCGUGUUGCCCCUCCCAUCUCGGACCAGUGGGGGAGGUGGGGGAGGAGGAGCAGGGGAGGCGAAGGCCCGUCCGCUGGUCUCUGAGGUCCGACCUCUGAUGGAACAGAACCAGAACAGGACCCAAGACAGGAGGGUCUCAUGGAACCAGGACCAAAUCCAGAGUCAGGACCAGACCUCGUCACUUCAGAACCAGAUCCAGAACCAGAACAACACCAACCUGGACCAAGCUCAGCCUUCUCAGGUCAGGAACCAGAUCCAGCAAGGCACAGGUCAGCUCCAUAGCCGGGCUGAGGGCGAGGAGGCCUCCUUGGCUCUGCAGGCCCACCGGCCCUCUCCUCUGAAGAAGAAAGCUCAAACAGCUUUGGAGUCCAAGAGGAACCUGGGCCCGACGGCCCGGGCUGUUGCCUCCCAUCUGAACUCCUCCUGUGGACUCCGGAAGGCUCAGUCAGUCCACAGCCUGCUGAGUGACACAGGUGACCCCUCUCUCUCCCAGUUGACCUCUCGUCCGUCCAGAGAGAUCCCCCCUCAGCUACUCCUCCCCCCUCAGCGUCCCACCACCCUUCCCUCCUCCCCCAGACGUCCCCCCUCAUCCAUGUCUCUGCCCCCUCAAAGACCCAGCCCCGCCUCCCCCAGGUCCCCCCAGCAGGAAACAGCGGUCACUCCGUCUGCUGCCGCCACACCAAGGAAGUCUUCAUCCUCGUCCUCGACUCCGUCAGCACCACGCUCCUACAUGAGUCCCACCGCCAGCUCCAUGGCCAAGAUGUCCCGCUCCGUCUCCGUGGGCGAUGGCCUCAACAUCGAAGAACCCGCCGAGGAUCCCGCAGUGACAUUGUCGUCGUCGUCAGCGGUAACCACCUCCUCUCAGGUCAAAGAGACUCCACCUCCUCUGGUUGCCAUGGUACCCUCCAACACAGCUCUGGCCACGCCUCCCCACGCCACCGUCGUCCCUGUUGUCGCCGCUGCCUCCUCGUCUUCUGGUAACCAGGCAGCCAACCCCUCUCGCAGUCUCCAGGCUCGGGUUCCCGCCAGCAGCAGACCACUCCCUGACAAACCCUCCCUCGCCUCCUUCACGCCAUCAUCCAAGACCGCCGCCACCUCUUCGUCUUCCACGUCUCGGCCUCCUCCGGUCUCUGUCUCCCCCCUGACUCCCCCCCAACAGGAGGAGGAGCCUCAGACUCCUGCAGGAAGCGGUGCAGAGCAGAGGGAUGACACAGACCAGCCAAUCAGUGUGGAGACCUGCAGAGCUCUGACCAAUGAGCUGCAGAGCUGCUUUAAGAGAGCCACACACCUGUACAGGAAGGUGAGCGGCUCCUCCACCGAUGACUCCACCCCUUACCAGCGGCAGAUGGCUGUCCUCCUAUCAGACGCCUUCCAGGCCAUGAGGGCGGAGCUAGACUCCCUGCCGCUCGGAGAGCCGAGCAUGCUGGGAGGAGAGGGAGGUUUGGGAGGAGUGGGGGAGGUGAAGACGGCGGCUUUGCUGGAGGAGUACUCCCUGCUCCUCCUGCAGGCUGUCCACCGGAGGAUCAACACCACCUCCUCCUGAUCUAACUUCUUCAUGUCUUCCCUCUCCUCCUCCUCUUCUUCAUCUCCUCCUCCUCCCUCUUCUCCUCUUCUUCACCACCACCUCCUCCUCCUUUUUUCCUCCUCCUCUCAUCAUUUUCUCUCUUUCUUCUCUUUUCCUUCUCCUCCUCCUCUGCUCUAAAUCCACCAUCUCCUCCUCCUCCUCCUCUCUCUCUCUGUCUUCUGUCUUGUUUUUUAUCCUUCCUCCUUCUUGUCUUCACAGACGAGGGAUCUGAAGCCAUUUUGAUUUUUAUUCUGAAAACACUUUGAAUCAUUCGACUCUUUUAUAAAAGUUUUUUCAGACUUGAGGUUUCGACUCCUUUUCAUUCCUUAAAGUUCAGAUUGAGCAAAUGGCAGCUUCGGUGUCCCGUCAAUCUGAAGGAUUGUUUGGAUUGGAUUGAUUAUUGAUUAUUGUUGUAAACAUUGAUGUUAGACUGUAAAGACUUUUUAACGCAGAAAACAGCAAUAUGAGACUUCCUGUCACAGUUUGAACAGACUUUAUUUUUCAGUUGUUUGAUGUAAAUUUUCUUCCCUGGUUAACAGAGACUUCCCGUCGUCACACUACUGACUCACCUGUCCUCACCUGACACUGACAGGAAACUCUGAUGGUUUUAGUCUUCACCUGUUUCUAAUGUUGGUUUUUAUAAUUGUUCUUAGAGAAACUCUUCAGGGUUUGUUGGUUUCUAACCGGUCAACGUUUGUGUUUUUGUCUAACUUUAAUAAAAGUUUGAGACUUGU